ACUAAUAUUUUCUUUUAGUAAGUUUGCAUUGGUUUCAAUUCUUAUAGACCGCUUGUUUUACUUCUGUUAAUUUUUUUUAGGUAUAUUGUUAGGAAGCUGUGAAGUCAUGAAUGAUUUUAGUGUUGAGAUUAGCAGUGACCUGGUUAAUAGCCUUGCUGACAAUGACGAUAAGUUGAAGAAGAACAUUAAAAGAACUAGAACUAUGUCACCAUGGGUGCCUCAACAACCUCAUACCAAAACAAACCAGAAGCAGGUUUCUGAUGGUUUUGAAACACACAAGGGAUCUAGUGCUACAAGAUGGCCACUUCAGCCUCUGAUGUUCUUGCCGGUAGCCCCUCCUGCGCAAUCUACGCGUGCAGAGAUGGAUGCAAUUCGAUCAGUCCUUCAAGAGAGCGAGCGGGUUGUGGAGAGGUUGUAGAAGUAACACAAAGAGCAAAGGGUCUCUGUGAUAAAGAGAGUUCAAGCUACCCUACCACAGCCAUUGCCUUGUGUUGCUGAGAAUGAAACUUGCUUGGUUUGCUACAAAGAUCAUCUCAAAGAACCUCUGAUAUGCCCUAAUCUUGUUCAGUUAGUAUUUCAAAAUAUUAACACAUUAGAUGUGAAGCUUUCCCCUAGGAAAUUUGAAAGUACGCACUACCACUAGUGUUAGUGUACCAGCCCCAAUUUCAAUACUUAAUAUUGCAAUUUCUAAGUCAAAUGAAAACAAAACUUGGUCCUUUAUCGUCAACUAACCACUUUUAUAAAAUAUCAUGUUUCUCUUAAUCAACCGAACCUUGAACUUGUGAUCUGAGUUUGUGCCAUUAUUUAUGAGUUUGAAGUUUAAUGUAUUUAUCCAAUAAAUUGUAGAUCCAUUCUAUUCGAAUCCCCUAAUGGAUCUCUCAUUACACAAUACGCAUGUGAAGCUACUAGCUUUUGACCUCAUCUCUCUCACCCGAAUCUCCUCAGACUCAACUUCUUUCUCUCGCCAUGGGUUCCUCCCCUCGCGCGUUGAGACCCUUGGCGUCGUAACAUUUUGUGACCUCAAACCAGGAAAAUUUCUCAAAUUCAUUAUCGAUGACGGUACUGGUUGUGUCGAUUGCGUCCUUUGGCUAAACCAUCUGACCUCUCCUUACUUCGCUCGUCAAAAUCCUUCAAAUGUUCAACAAAUUGCUGACUCGGCUAGCCAUUUUGCAUCGGAGGUGCGACUCGGUGCCGUCGCUAGAGUUCGUGGGAAAAUCACCAAGUAUCGAGGUUUGGUUCAGAUCACUGUCUCAGACAUCGUCGUUGAGAGGGAUCCUAAUGCCGAGAUCUUGCACUGGUUGGAUUGCAUGAGGUUGGCGCGCGAAUGUUAUGAUUUUUCUAGCAAGUGAGUAGAUUUUAAU